AUAACUCACGGAAAGCUUGACUGCGGAGGCGUUAAAAAGAUGGCGGAUGAUAACUUUCCUUUACUAGCGCAUUGACCCACUUUUCCCUCGAUGUCGAAAGGAAAGAAAGCGUUAUUGAUCGUCCAUGAAUGAGGAAAAAAGCAAGGCAGAAUGUGGGGAAGCGGAGCAAAUUUCUGGAGGCAAAAAGUGCGUGGUGCGAAAUUGUACGCGCGAAGCGGUGGAAAGCUCAGACAAAGUAAAGAAAGAGAAAGCCCAAAAUUUUAUCAGCCCGACUCCAGAAAAUGAAACUGGUACAAGUAUGGAGAAAGCCAAAAGCGAGGAGGAGAUGAAGGCUGCCAUUAAUGAGUGCAGGGAUGAUAAGGACACAGGCAAUGUGGACAGUAACAAAGGGAAGGAAGAGGAGGACGAAGAGGAGCUAAGAAAAGAAGAGGAAGAAAUGAAACAAUCCUUGAAAGAAGCACAAGAGUGGGUUGAACAGAAGCUUGCUAUGCGAGAGAAGAAUCUGGCUGCCAUAGAUCAGCGACCUGAGGAGUCUUACUUUAAAGGAAAGGACUCUUCAGUGAAGAAAAAUUCUGCAUUUAUUAAGAAAUUGAGGACCAUUACAGAGUCUCAGCGUGAAUCCUUGGAGCAGGAAUUUGCUGGUUUAAACCUCUCAAGAUAUGUUCAGGAAGCAGUUGCUGCGAUGGUUGAUGGCUUGGUAAAAUUGAAGCUUGCAGAUGUGAGAUGUGUGGCACAUAUUUGUGGCUUGAUUCAUCAAGUGUAUGCUGACUUCAGUGAACCUCUAAAAAAGGGACUCCUGAAAAUGUUUGAUGGCUACGGUGGGAAAGAAGAGGAGAAGCUGGCAAAUGUGAGUAAAUAUCGUGUCACCCUGAGACUGUUAGGAGAGCUGAUCAUUGGAGGAGUCUUUCCAAAACUGCCUGAAGGCAUUAAGAUACUUAGCACCAUCCUUAGUAACAUUGUUAAUUGUGACAAAGAAAGCCAUGUAUAUGUGCAGGUCAUCAGCAGCUUUGCUCGUCACUGUGGCGAGGACUUUGCUGGUAUAACAUCUCGGAAGCAAAGGUUGAUGGCUGAGAAACACAAGGUUGUCUUUCCAAAGUGCGCUAUAGUUCCUGCUGAAGAUCAAGCUGCAAUUCAACAACUGUUAUUGACUUACUACAAGUCACUGGCCAACCAUUUACUCAAAGCACACAAGGAUCUACAAAACAGAGAGAAGCAAAACAGGCAAACUUUAAUGACCAAAGGUGAACUGCAUCCAGAAAGAAAGGAAGCAUUUGAGAAAGCACAGAAAGCUUAUGAGAAGCUACUGGCCAACACAUCUUCUUUAGCAGAUAUACUUGAUGUAGACAUGCCUGAUUUGCCACAAGAUGAGUUUGUACAGCAAGAGGCUGGAGGCAGCACAAUUGAUGUUUUUAACCCAUUUAGACAUUCAGAGUAUGAUGGAAGUUCUGGUCUGUGGGAAGAUGAAGAAACAAGGAUCUUUUAUGAAAAUCUCAGAGAUCUAAAGUCUUUUCUACCAGGGAUCUUGUACAAAGAUGAAGGAAAGGAGGAGGAUGAUGACACUACUAAUUCUGCUGAGGAUGAAAAAUUGGACAUCCAUGACAUGGAAAUAGCAGAGGAAGAGUUUGAAGAGGUGGAAGAUGACAUCAUUGAUGAAGAAUUAAAUGAAAAGGAAAGCGAAGAAGAAGAUGACGAAAGUUCCUCUGGUGAAACAUCCAGCUCAUCCACUGGACUAGCUCUUGAGGCGAUCUUAGUAAGACUGCCUACAUGUGUCAACAAGGAGUUCAUCGAUGAGGUUGCAACAGAAUUUAUGCAGACAUGCAACACUAAGGGAAACAGAAAGAAACUCUGCCGAGCUCUAUUUGGUGUUCCAAGAAUAAGGUUGGAUUUAUUGCCUAUGUAUGCUCGUCUGGUGGCCACUCUUGAUCCUUGUGCUCCUGAUCUUUCUCCUGAGCUCAUGCAGCAGCUGAAAGGAGAAUUCAGAUUCCGUGUGCGCAAGAAGGAUCAGAUUAAUCUUGAAUCAAAGAUAAAGACAGUAAGAUUUAUAGGUGAAUUGACAAAGUUCAACAUGUUUCCAAAAGGUGAAGCGCUACACUGUUUGAAGAUGCUUCUAGAAGAUUUCACCCACCACAACAUUGAGAUGGCCUGUAGUUUAUUGGAAGUGUGUGGCAGAUUUCUGUACCGCUCAGAAGACUCGCACAUCAGAACAAAGAACUUGUUGGAACUCAUGAUGCGAAAGAAAGCUGUUCAGAAUUUAGACAGUCGGCAAUUGACUCUAAUUGAGAAUGCAUUCUUCUACUGUAAUCCACCAGAGAAACAGAAGGUUUCCCAGAAGGAGCGCCCUCCUAUGCACGAGUACAUUCGUAAAUUGCUGUAUAAAGACCUAUCUAAGACCACAACAGAGAAGGUUCUACGACAAAUACGAAAACUGCCUUGGAAUGAACCACAGACUGCCUUGUAUGUGAUUAAGUGUCUGAUUCGUGUAUGGAACAUUAAAUACAAUAGUAUUCACUGUGCUGCCAAUCUACUUGCAGGAAUAGUGCAGUAUUAUGAAGAUGUUGGUCUCUAUGUUGUUGAUGGAGUUUUGGAAGAGAUUCGCCUUGGAAUGGAGACAAACCUACAGAAGAUGAAUCAGCGUCGUGUGAGCUGUGUGAAGUUCUUAGGUGAACUUUAUACCUACCGACAAGUCGAGUCACGUGUCAUAUUCAGCACUCUGUACUCCUUUAUCACCUUUGGCAACAACCAAGAAGGCGUGGUAUCAGUGCUGGACCCUCCUGAACACUUGUUUCGUAUCCGUCUGAUCUGUACUUUACUGGAUACCUGUGGUCAGUACUUUGAUCAUGGCAACUACAAGAAGAAACUCGACUGCUUUCUUGUCUACUUUCAGUGUUAUAUCCUGAAGAAGAAAGCUGAUCCAAUAUGGAACGAGGGACACCCGUUUCCACGUGAUGUUGAUUACAUGGUGGCUGACACUCUUGAGUCGCUCCGUCCUAAACUUACCAUGUAUACAAGCUUGGACCAGGCUGUUGAAAGUCUACAGAAGUUGAACAAGGAGCAUCAAGAACAAAUAGAGAAAGCUGCCCCUGUUGAUCAGGACACGCACAGUCCAGGCAGCAGUUCAACUCAGCCAUUGCCAACUCCAAACAUUUCUUACAGUAAAGUUCUCUCAGAAUCUCCAGCUGUUUCACUCAGUAAUUCUCCGUGCCAGUCUCCCAUGCUGCGCGAGGAAGAUGAGCAUAGUGAGACUGGGGAGAGUGAGGGUGAGGAUGAAGACGAUGUUCCUGGACCCCAGUGGGCGGAAUCUGAGAGAGAAGUUACCGAAGUUGAUAUAAAUGAUGUAGAUAUGAACAAGGUAAAAGUUCUCAGUCCCCCUAAGCCAGAACCCACUGUGGAAGACAGGGCAUUCCUUGCCGCCCUUGACAAACUUUUGGUGGAUGAUGUCCAGACUCGCCGCGAAGAAAACCCUAAGGUUCCGAGCUUGGAUGUCGCAGUUCCAAUGCACCUUAAGGGACAGAGGGCUCGUCACAAUAGUCUGAGUGAAGAAAGCGAAAAUCUAAACUUUGUUGUUAUGCUGAAGAAAGGAAAUAAACAACAGUUUAAAGAUCUCCAGAUUCCUCUCAGCUCUGGACUGGCAGCUAACAUCCGGGACAGACAGAUGGCUGAGCAACAAGAGCAGGAAGAAGUCAAGAGACUGGUACUUGAUUAUAAUCAGAGACAGGAGGAAGAGAUUUACAAUGAGAUGCAGGCGCAGCAAAGACAGGCAGGCUCGGACCAGUCUUCAAGGUCUCACGGCCACCGUUUUAACAGGAGACGACUUCCAGAAGGCAAUGACACUAACAUAGUGUUUGCUAACUUAACCAGGAGACGCUAGAUUAUGUGGAAAUGGAGCAUUCGGUGCUUAACCGCUACAGUGACGCCUCGUGGGCUCAGUAUCCUGUCCCGAGACAACAUGUGACAUGUUACGUCCCUGACCGAGUUCAGUAACUCCGCCGAGACUCGGAAUAUUUGUCCGAGAAAGUAAGCAAGUUUGAAAGAAACUUCAGUGGAUUUCCGUGACUUGUGAAGUCGUGCGAGGAUUAGCUUGAAUGGCUUCCAACUGUAACUGCAGUUCUUGCUGUCUACGGUUAGGUUGCUAGAAAGAUUUCCAUUCUUUUAACACAAUUGAAAAUGUAAACCGAGAGAUACUUAAGUUUGCGAUUUUUGAAGUUUUGUUGAUAACGUCAUUUUAACAAGCGAUGGUAUUGGGUUUAAUUGUUGGUGCGUCGCAGCCUUCCCUGCCGAACUGCCAUGGUGGGUUGUUAUACAACGAAGGUUUAAUUGCGUUCACAUAAUCAUCGAGUAAAGUGUUUAUAACGUUCUUAAAGUUAUUAUCAUAUGCACAUAUUACCAAGUUUGAUGUUGUUUAAUUGAUUCAGUGUUUGAGGUUUCGUGCAAAUUGAACAUUCUGAAGCUAAUAAAGCUGUUUUAUUGUUAUGUGGA